AUGUUUUACUCGGAGACGCUGUUAUCGAAGACCGGACCCCUGGCUCGAGUCUGGCUGUCCGCGAACCUCGAACGCAAAUUGACAAAAUCCCAUAUUCUGCAAUCUGACAUCGAAAGCAGUGUCAGCGCGAUUGUCGACCAGGGCCAAGCGCCCAUGGCGUUGCGGUUGAGUGGUCAGCUGUUGUUGGGUGUUGUCCGCAUCUACAGCAGGAAAACUAGAUAUCUUCUUGAUGACUGCAACGAGGCUUUAAUGAAGAUUAAAAUGGCUUUUCGAUUGACAAACAACAAUGAUCUCCCCACCUCCGUCACCCUCCCCGCUGGUGGAAUUACUUUGCCAGAUGUGCUUACGGAGUCUGAUCUAUUUAUGAACUUGGAUACCUCUGUUUUGUUUUCACAACCCAUGCCACAAGUAGGGUCUGAAGGCAAAAGGCCUGCAUCGUCGCUAGGUUGGUCGAGCCAGCUGCUUCCGGAUAGCACCCCUAGUCGGCGGUUCGCGACGCCCAUCGAAAAACCCCACUUGGAAGAUGAUACCGGUCUUGUUCUUGAUUUAGGCGAGGACGACAUGCCUUUAGGCCACGACAUGAGCAUUGAAGUGGGACGAGAUGCACCUGCUCCACGACCGGUUGGCGAAGACCUUUUCAGCGACGACCAAAGGGCGUUCAACGAUGAUUUGGAGCUCGAUCAUGGUGAUGUUGGAAUCCAAUUUAACAAAACAGAGGAUGAAGUAGAUGCGCAUGACAAUGUGGAUAACUUUUUGCAACAGGAUGAUGAUGUGCUUAUGGGUGGUGUUGAAGAAGAGUUGGGAGUUCCGAUUGCCGAAGGAGACACAACAGUGGUACCUGCGGAAGAACCCAGCGAAUUCCUUAGGGAUUCUCAAUCUCCACUUUCAUCUGCGCGAUCUAGUGUCGUGCGAGACCUUGAAGACUCCUUUAUGCAUGAAACUGUCCGCCAAACUCAGAGAGUCAAAAGAAGAAAAAUUCUCCAGCCAGAUGCCGAUACUGUCAUCUCAAGCCAUCAAAUCAAAGAACAACAAGCUGAUCGAUCAAGUAUCUUGAAACCAGCCUCGAUUUUGCCACGCGAUCCUCUUUUACUGACUCUAAUGAAUAUGCAAAAGAACGGUGACUUCGUGUCAAGUGUUAUGAGCGGCAACAACGAAAACUGGGCUCCAGAAUUGCGCGAAAUGCUGUCAAUUGAUGCUGUGCGACAGGCGAGCGAGCUUAAGCGAAAGCGAGACAGCGGAAUUGCCGAUAUGGAUGUUGAUGGAGCUGACAAAAUGCCCCGGCUUGACCUUGAUGAAGACAGCGGUUUCCUACAUGCGGACGAAGGCAUCGAGCUUGGCGGAGACACCACUCUGAACCAGCAAUCUGAGAUCCACGUUGCAGGCGAUGAGGAACAAGCGCACUACAUGUCCGAUGACGAAGUUCCCGGCUAUCAAGCAGAGGGCUUCAACGACUCUAGCAGCACCGUCCAUCCCGCAGAAAGCGGACCUAUCUCUCUCGGAACAAAGCACGCCGUUCACUUGUUACGCGACCGAUUCGGAGGUGAAGAUUCUUCACGAUCGAAGAAGAGUAGCGUUAUCUUCCAAGAUCUCCUCCCCGAGGGGACAACGACCAAGAGUGAUGCGACCAAGAUGUUUUUCGAGGUGCUUGUGUUAGCCACGAAAGACGCUGUGAAGGUUGAGCAGCACCAUGGUACGAUUGGUGGUCGCCUAAAGAUCAGUGCCAAGCAGGGCCUAUGGGGAUCAUGGGCAGAAACGGAAGCCGGAGGCGAAAUAGCCACACAGACAACAGAAGUCGCGGUUUGA